ACGCCUCGACUCAGUAUUGACUCUCCGACUCCGGUUGGGGAGUAUUUAAUCGCUUAGCAAGAUAUUGGGUCUUGGUAGUAACAUCGCGUCGAGGUGUUAUCGGGGUGAGCGGAACGGGGAGUGCCGGGCAGUGAGAGAACUACGUAGUCCGGUCCGAUUCAGUAGCAUUCCAGCAACACCGUCAGAUACCCUUCGCAAUGUCUGCAGCUAUAGCUUCGGGGCAGGAAAAGGGAACACGCCCUAGCCAUACCUUAACACGCGCCCAAACCGUCAUCUACAUGUCUGGUUUGAGUGGCCCAUACAUCGGCGGUUACAAGACACCAGGUAAUAAAAAAGAUACGAAGCCAGCGUUCAUUCUCGGCAGUAACCUAGGCAGCGACGUGGGUAUAACCCUUGUAACCUCGUACCCUACUGGAAAAAGCGCCUAGGAAGGUUUCGAAUUGAGCUUCGACCACGGCGCAACUAACGAGGCCACCGGGUUUAGGGUCCGUUAUCAACCCAAUACCGCAAAUCCAGACAGUGCCCGUCUCGAACUUAAUCGGCAAC